AUGGCCGACACGGAAUCAGCCCCAGCGCAGUACAAGCAACCCAGCCGUAAAGGCAAGAAGGCGUGGCGCAAAAAUGUAGAUGUCACAGAGAUUCAGAGUGGACUGGAAGAUGUGCGGGACCAGAUCAUCACUGGUGGUGUCAUUGCAGAAAAGCCAUCUGACCAACUCUUCGCCGUCGACACAAUAGGCUCGGCCGACAUCCAAAAGGCCACCGCCCGUCGCCACAAGCCACUCAAAGUUGACCAGAUCCUCGCCCAACGCUCCGCCGUCCCCGCCGUCCCUUCGCGGAAACGUCUCUCCGAAAUAGCCGAUGACGGCAAACGCAAGAAGUCCAAGGUCUCAGGUAAAGAAUUCGAUCGGCUGCGUGCUAUCGCCUAUGGCGGCGAUCAGACCAAAAAGGACAUUGUACAGACGGGCAACACCGCCGACUACGAUCCAUGGGCCGUGCAGGAGGUCAAGAAAGACCCACGUUUCACCUUUCUCAAGGAGAAGAAGGCCAAAGUCGCGCCCGUCACCCUAAAGCAUGCGCCCAUCUCCCAAGCCAAGUCUGGCAAGCCCAUUCCCUCUGUCCGCAAACCCGCUGGCGGCAAAUCCUACAACCCCAAAUUCGAAGACUGGCAAAACGAACUCAUGCGCGAAUCCGACAAGGCUGUCGAAGCCGAGAAGAAGCGUCUGCAGGAAGCCCGCGAAGAAGCCGAACGCAUGGAGCGUGCGGCUGUAGAGUCCGAGGAUGAUUCGGGCGAAGAAAGUGUAUGGGAAAGCGAGUGGGAAGGCUUCAGUGGCGACGAAGAGGAGAAGUUGAAGGUGAAGCGACCGGAGAGGAAGAGUCUGUCACAGCGGAAUAAGAUCAAGAGGAGAAAGGAGGCGGAGCGGAAAGCAAUCCACGAAAAGAAGAUGAAGGCCAAGGAACAACAAGUACAGGAGAUCAAGAAACUCGCGAAGAGUGUCGAGGCCAAAGAGAAGGCGCGCGACGCUGUGCGCAAGGCCCUCGAGGACAAGGUCAACGAAGUCGUAUCCGAAGACGAGGGUGGUGAAAUCGAGCUCCGCAAAAAGCAAUUUGGAAAGGCUCCCAUCCCCGAAGCCCCGCUCGAAGUCGUCCUCCCAGACGAACUCCGCGACUCCCUCCGCCUCCUCAAACCAGAAGGCAAUCUCCUCAAAGACCGCUUCUACACCAUGAUGCUGCAGGGCAAAGUCGAAGCUAGACGCCAGAUUCCUUAUGCUAAGCAGAGAAAGUACACGGUUUCUGAAAAGUGGAGUUAUAAGGAUUGGCAGUUACCCAAGGCUACCUAA